GAGUGCAUAGUUCCAGAAAGGAGGGCUAUCAAUGUCAAAAACAGUGUCAAAUGAACUGAAAUGAAAAUUUUAAAAAUUCAAAGACUCUGUCAGUUACUUGUAUUUACUGUGUAUGGAUUGUGUUUUCAAAUCAUAUAUUGAUUAUUUUAGUGUAGAUUAUUGAUUAAACCGCAGCUUCGUUUCGUUUGUCUGGUGGUUGUAGUUAUUCAGUGUUGUGUUACAUUUUUAUUUUCAAGUUCGUUUGAUCAUUGUUCAAUAAUUUAAAGACCACAUCAAAACAGACUGAAUUACAGUUUAAAUUGAAGUGUAAUGUUCUCAUUAUAAGACAUGCAUGAAAUGUUUGAUCUGAUCAAUUUGAUAUUAAAAUUAUAAUUAAAUUGAUAUAUUUAUCGUGAAUUUUAUAGGUCAGUAAUAAAUUAAAUUUAUUGCCAUGAAUCCUCCAUUACACGUUGAAGUUGUACAAAAAUCUCAAAGCCGAGCUAGUAAGGACUACGUUAUGGAACUUGUGCGUAGUUUCUUAAUGAAUUUUAUAUCCUUGACACCUGGCGUUAUAUUAUCUGGAUCAGAUCUAGAAGACAAUGCCGAGCUGAAAGAACAUGUUGAAAUGAUAACGUUUUGUGAUAUAGAACACGAUAAUGAAGUUCUAGUGACUGAAACUGAACUAAAGUAUCAUGUCUUUAAACUGGAUGCGUUUGGUGCUGAAACUGACACAAUGACCGAUGCCAGUACAGGGGAAGAGUUUGCUGCAGCUGAUGUUUGGUCAUUGCCCAGUCAAGAGUUUCAUGGACUGUGGGAUAGUCUCAUUUAUGAUACCAAAUUAAAAGAGGAUACCGUUCGAUUUGUGGAAACUGCGUUUGAGUUUGCUGAUCGGGGUGUAGACCCUAACAUAAUUGGUUGGAACCGAGUAGUGUUGUUGCAUGGUCCGCCUGGUACUGGAAAAACUAGCUUAUGUCGUGCUCUUGCUCAAAAACUAUCAGUGCGUCUUGCCGAUCGAUUUCCGAGGGCUCGUCUUGUAGAAAUAAAUGCACAUGGCCUAUUUUCCAAGUGGUUCGCAGAAAGUGGGAAGUUAGUAGCAAGACUGUUCGAGCGGCUCGAUGAGAUCGUCUCCGACCGGAGGCUGUUAGCCUGUGUGCUCGUUGACGAAGUGGAAUCGUUGGCGCACGCGCGUCGCGCCGCCCUCUCAGGCCUUGAGCCGUCCGACUCUAUCCGCGCCGUGAACGCGCUUCUCACUCAACUGGAUCGGCUGCGGCGGCGGCCCAACGCGCUCGUGCUGACUACUUCCAACGUGACGGGCGCCAUUGACGUGGCGUUCGUGGAUCGCGCCGAUAUCAAGCGACGCGUGGGCCCUCCGUCGGCACGAGCCGCGUACGAGAUCUUGCGCGGCUGCUGCGCGGAGCUGAUGGGGCGCGGCCUGGUGGCGCCGCGCGAGCCCGUGUUCGCGCUGCGCGUGCUGGAGGGCGCGCGCUUCGCCGACAGCGAGCCGGCGCGCGCCAGGCUNNNNCUGUGGGCGGUGGCGCGCGCGGCGGCGGACGCGGCCGUGUCGGGGCGCGCGCUGCGCCGCCUGCCGUUCCUGGCGCGGGCGCUGCACGCGCGGCGCGCGGUGCCGGACCUGCCGAGCUUCGUCAGCGCGUUGGCAGCGGCGCUGCGAGACCACUUGGCCGAUGCCGCUGAUUUGGACGACGCCACGCCUGUGCCUAUAUAACUACUUUCCUACUUUACUAUUAGAAGAUAAAUAUUAAUGUAAUAAUAUUUUUGUAUGAAAUACUACUUAGGACUACAGAAAUCUGUAAUUCUCUACAGAUUCAGCUCUAAUUGUGAUUAUUUCAAAUAAAUAUAACCUAAUGUUAAGUUAA